AAGUAACUUGAUAGUAAGCAACGCGGCAACACUGCACCUGACUCUUUGUGGGAGGUCGCCACCGCCAGCCCGUGGCCUGCAUUCAUAAAACAGCUGUCUGUCUGACAGCGCGUGCGCAAGCAGCGUUUUCGCGUUGUUGACGGUUAUUCUGAAACACGGCUAACAAUUGAUAAUAAACUGAAGCUGGCUUACCCGCGUCUCGUAUCGUUUAGCUGAAGUUUGGUGUGUUGGCAGCGUUACACUCAGGUUGCAGCAGGCGGUCGGCGUGGUUGGCGGAUCAGCAGCCCGACUGCAGGCGGCGACCCUCACCGAACGCGCCCUCCUCAGUCGACCAUGAAGUCUGUGCUGCUGGUGGCCGCUUGCUCGCUGGUGGCUCUGGCGACAGGCAAAGAAAUUGAUUUCGAUGACGAUGACAUUACAGAUGAUAUGUUUGACAUAGAUGAUGAAAACGACAUUGACAUUGAGAAACAAACGCGCAGAUAUGGUCUGAUUACUCCGGAGGAUGUUAACUUCACAAUCUAUUCAAGGGACAACUGCACAGCGCCUGUGUUCCUCAACGACACUCCGGCGCAGUGCUUCGACCCACUGAGGCCGACCAAAAUACUCAUCCACGGGUUCCUCGCCAAAGGCAAAACAUUCAACAAAAUGAAAGAUGCGUACCUGCGCACGGGCGACUACAACGUGAUCGUCGCGGACUGGUCGCAGGUGGCGUCGUGCUGGCACUCGAGCAAGCUGUCGGCGCUCGUCAAGAUGUGCUACAUUGCCAUCGUGAAGUCGCACCUGGAGGGCGUGUCGGGCCUCGUCGCCUCGCUGAUCGGGAAGCUGGCGCGGGUGGGGCAGGACGCCCAGAACAUGCACCUCGUGGGGCACAGCCUGGGGGCGCACGUCGCGGGGCAGGCGAGCCAGCGGGCGGGCGUCGACCGGUACCUCGGCAGGAUAACCGGCUUGGAUCCAGCAUCUCCUUUACUCAAGUCAAAAAAUUUGACAAAAGUACUAGAUGAGAAAGAUGCUGAGUUUGUGGAUGUGAUCCACACCAACGUGAAUUACCUCGGCUGGAAGAAACCACUGGGCACUGCAGAUUUCUACCCAUAUGAUGGGAAAGGGCAACCUGGUUGUUCUUUUCCAUCAAAUGUAUUCCAAAAGUGUAGCCACAGCAAAUCGCACAAGUAUUUCACCCAGACCAUUUUGGAUGCGUGGGCAUUUGUAGCCGUCCCGUGUGGUGUUCUCCGAGAAUAUGACAGAGAGAAGUGUCAUGGUACAGAUGUCAUCUACAUGGGAGAAAAUGUUCCUUUAAGUGCAAGAGGCUCCUACUAUGUGACUGCUGCAUUCUCGCCUUGCUUGAAGUCAUCUCUGGUGGUUGUGUCAGCUGGACUUGUUUCCCUCUCAUUGAUGAUGCUUUAGAAGGCUCGUUAUAUGAAAAAAGAAUAAUUAGUAGUCAAUUACGUAAUUAUUUUGUACUCAUGUGUUCUGAUUGCAGUGCCGUUUCUAGUCGCCAAAUACUGAUCUGUCAGAGUUAGCAGCGAUUGUACAAAUACCUCCUUUGUAGAGCAAAUCUGUUAACAUUGUUUAUAAUAUAAGCAUAUUAAUAUGUGCAGUAUUUUUAUGGACUGGAAUAUAGAUUUUGAUGACGUUAUGUUUUUUAAAGACUGAGUGGUAUUACAAAGUGAUAAUCUUGACAGUUUGGCAAGAUAUUCACAUUAUACCAUAUAUUAUUUUAUUAGUGAAACAUUUUUAUGUGUGUGUGUGUAUAUAUAUAUUAAAUACAAAGAAUGCUUAAGGCCGUGUCUCUCUGUCAAACUU